AUGGACCGAAGAAAGGAAGAGUUAGCUAAGAAGCGAGCAAAAUUGAUUGAACUACGUAAAGUGAGGGAAGACAGGCAGAGGGCCCUCGCUACGCAACAAGAAACACUCUCAACUAACCGCGGGCAACCCGAAGACAUUCACGACCUUGUUGAUAAUCUCCUUAACGAUAAAAAGGAUGACAAGCGUUCGGUCAUUCCUUCAGCGAAUGCCUUAGUCGGAGAGUCUGAUAGUGCUGGGAGUGACAGGGCUGGGAGUGACAGGGCCGGGAGUGACAGGGAGACGCGCAUAGCAGGACUAAGUAAAUUAAUUUUAACCGGUGUGGCUAGACAAGGAUCUAAUGGGGUCGGAGGCGGUCUCACUAGCGUCCCACAAAGUCCGCAAGUACCUAGCAGCGGAUCGCGGUUCAUACCAGAACUCUCCACGUUUGAGUCUGUAUUGCUUGACAUUGCUCCAAAGGAAGUAGUCUUCUACGACAAAAAAGUCCAAACAGUUGAAUCUUCGACCGACCCUCCGCCGCCAUCGGAGAAAGAGAUUCGGGAGAAGAUAGAAAAGGAGCUUGAGAAAAAAGAACAACAACGACGGGAGCAGCUUGAAGAGGAGAAUGCGAGGGCUGAGGCUGCGAGGGAGAGGGCAGCUAGAGCUAGAGAUCUCAGUGAAGAACAAAGAAAGAAAAUAGUACAAUCAUCCGAGUUUGUGGAAUUUGUCGAACAUUCUACGAAGAUUAUUGAACGUGCUCUUAAUGAUGAAUAUAAUUUCAUGAAAGAUUACUCUACUCAGGACGAAGACGCUGGGGAAACUGGCAACAGAGUGAAGUAUAUCUGCUCUUUCUUUGACGAUCGAUGGAAUAAAUCGAGGGCAACACGAUCUGUUACGGAUGUUAAUUGGUCUCAUAAGUUCCCGGAACUCUGUGUCGCAUCCUAUAACAAAAAUUCGAUAGCAACUAACGAACCAGACGGUCUAGUUCUUGUCUGGAAUUUGCAUUUAUUGGAUAGACCAGAGUACACGUUUCACUCACAGUCUGACGUCUUAACGACGAUGUUCUCUCCAUUCCAUCAUAAUCUUGUUAUUGGCGGUACUUACUCAGGACAAGUGGUCAUCUGGGAUACCCGAGCAAGAUCCCUCCCUGUCCUUAAGACACCACUUUCUUCCAACGGUCAUACACACCCAGUGUAUUCGAUGCAGGUGGUUGGAACUCAAAAUGCACAUAACCUUAUAACGGCUUCUACCGAUGGGUUAGUGUGUUCGUGGCAGUUGGACAUGCUUGCUCAACCGCAAGAAACUUUGGAGUUGGUGCAUCCAAACCAUAACAAGACCGAUGAAGUCUCUGUUACGGCGCUUGGAUUCCCCGAUAACGAGACGACAGCAUUCUGGGUCGGAACGGAAGAGGGAAAUGUAUAUCAAGCUAAUCGGUUUGAUAGGGCUGGCAGCAAGGCUGGAAUAAAUCCAUAUGAUUUCUAUAAGGGUCAUUGGGGACCAGUAACAGGACUUCAAUUUCAUCCGCUCGUUGGUCCGGUUGAUUUCUCUGAUCUCUUCCUCACUUCUAGCGUCGACUGGACGGUCAAACUCUGGCGUGCCAAAUCAAGCGCCAAAACCGCAACCGCGCAACAGACAAUCUCACCCAUACAUUCGUUCGAGGGUGCUGAUGAUUACGUCUAUGAUGUUAAGUGGUCACCGAGACACCCUGCUCUAUUUGCGAGUGUUGAUGGAACCGGCAAGUUUAGCUUGUGGAAUCUAAACAUUGAUACUGAAGUCCCCAUUGUGGGAGUAGCGGUUGGGAGCGGAAAGGCUUUGAAUAAGAUUCAGUGGGACAAAGACGGAAGGAAGGUCGCCAUUGGGUCUUCGGACGCUAGAGUGCAUGUUUACGAUGUUGGAGAGCUUGGAAACGCCCGGUCGGAUGAGUCGCUCAAUCUGCAGAGAGUCAUUUCAGACAUGACUGCUAAAUGA